AUGUUCAGUAUCACAAUAAUUGCAUUCCUCGGUACCGUGUUGCUGCUAGCUGUAACUUCUUAUGCAUCCAAAGACAACGAAUUUUCGUUUAUUUCUGAAACCUCAGAUUUCCAUAAUUGGACACGAAUAUCACGUGAACUAAAAGAUGAGAAGGGAAGCAAACCUACCAUUAAAACCACUUGCACACCAAUGAAAAAUUGUACAGUGGAUUCGGACUGUCACGAUGGAAAGUGUAUGGGUAUUGCAGUUGGUACAUGCAACUGCGGUGCAUGCCUACAAUUUACACCAUGUAAAACUGAUGCAGAUUGCGGUGGCUUAAAAGGUGCAUGCAAUAAUCAAAAAUAUUGCGACUGUGACAAAGGUUUCCAAUGCGCUGGCUUAAAAGGUAUCUUUGAUGCUCUCUUAAGGAUAUGUAACCGGAAAGAAUGUAUACCAAAUACGUUGUCUUGCUUUGGCCUACCAUGUAAUAGUGGAAUGUGUUCUUGUACUGGCCAACUAUAA